AUGGAGAAGCUUCAACUCCACAGGUUUCUUUUUCCACUCCUCGUCUACUUCUCUUCUCACCUGCUCCUCUCAUCAGCUUACACUCUUCCUCAUGAGUACUUCAUCAACUGUGGUUCAAGCUCUAACACCACUGUCAAUGGUCGGAUCUUCGUCGGAGAUGUGAACUCCGGCUCCUCAUUCUCCGUUGGAAGAAGCAGUCCGGUAAAGGAUGACAACCUAUCAACAGCUGCUUAUCCCCUCUAUCAAACAGCUAGAAUUUUCAAACAAGAAUCAUUUUAUGAGUUCCAAACCACCGUGAGCGGCACCUACCUCAUUCGCUUCCAUUUCUACCCUUUCUCCUCUCUCAUAAACCUUGCCGAUGCUCUAUUCGAUGUUUCGGCUUCUGGGUUUUCAUUGCUGUCCAAUUUCCGCGUUGCAAACAGUAGCAACUCUCAUGUGAUGAAGGAAUUCGCAGUUCCCGUCCAGGUGGAAAAUUUCAGAAUCGACUUCACACCUCAAGAAUCAUCUUUCGGAUUUGUAAAUGCCAUAGAAGUCUUUCCUGCCCCUAACGGUUUCUUCCCAGAUCGAGUUAUUGGCGCUAACCCCGCAGGACAUAGCGGUACUUACAAAGGUGUGUUAUCUCAGGUUUUGUACACAAUCCAUAGGAUCAACGUUGGAGGUCUCACCAUCACUCCUGACAAUGAUACUCUCUGGAGAAGUUGGAUACUGGAUGAUGCUUAUCUAUAUUUCUCAGAUGCUGCCAAAAACAGUGAAUUUUACAGUGAUAAGCUUAAGUACCAAGUUGGUGGAGCUACCACAUAUUCUGCCCCAGAUCAUGUCUACAGGACGGCCAAAGAACUGAAUACAAUUGAUAGCAUCUCAUCAAAUUUCUUCAACGUGACUUGCAAUUUCAUUGUGAAUAAGAAUUCUCUCUACUUUGUCAGGGUGCAUUUUUGUGAUAUAAUCAGUCGGUCCCCUAAUGCUUUGGUAUUUAAUUUCUAUAUCUAUAGCAAGUACGGUGAGGAGAUCAAUCCAUAUAACAUUACUGGCCGGGCAGCGCCCUUCUACUAUGAUUAUAUAGUUGAUUCCCAUGAUUCAGGAUAUGUGAAUAUCAGCAUAGGCCCUCGAGAGGAACCAAAAACUCGGACUGCCUUUCUGAAUGGACUUGAGAUUAUGGAGUUGAUUGAAGGAUCUGGUUUAGUUCUUGUGUCAAUCAGCAAGCCAAAGAAGAAAUUUAGGUUUGUAAUAGUUGGGUCAGUUGUUGGAGGAGUGGCUUUUGCCUUCAUUCUCAUGGGUGUGAUCUUAUGGAGUUUGAAACGCAGGAAAUCAAAGCCUGUUAAAACCGUGGAUUGGAUUGGGCCUCUUCAUGGAGGAAGAUCCGUCAGUAGGACAACCAAUAGAACUGCCAACACCUCCUCUGUUUCUAGUUUAAACCUCGGGUUGAAAAUACCCCUCAUCAACAACUCACUUCCAAUGGAGGAGAUCAAUUUAGCUGAAUGGGCCAUGUCUUGGCAAAAGAAAGGACAGCUCGAAAAGAUUGUUGAUCCUUUUCUCGUGGGUAAGAUCAAUUCUAACUCAUUGCGGAAGUUUGGAGAAACGGCAGAAAAGUGUUUGAAAGACUGCGGUGCCGAUAGGCCUACCAUGCGUGAUCUCUUAUGGGACUUGAAAUAUGCACUUGAGCUGCAACAUGCUACAACGCUGGAAGAAGGAUAUAUGAACAGCACUACAGAUGCUUCUUCAGAGAUGCCACUGCUAGGUUUUCAGUGCUUGCCUUCUUCUAGCUUUCCUCUAAUGGAGAAAGAUGAUGCAGCCAGGGAAAACGAUGAUGGUUCAGACCCUACUGCUAGUGACGUGUUUUCUCAGUUGAGGAUUACUGGUGCCAGAUGA